AUGUCAGAGGAGGUUCUGGAUGAGUUUAACCUGGAGGACCUUUAUGACUGUGGACUCUCAGAGACUCACUGUGAAGUUUUGGCCUCAGCUCUGAAGUCCAACCCUCAUCUGACACAUCUGGACCUGACUAACAACAAACUGUCUGAUUCAUCAGUGAAGCGUCUGUCUGCUGGACUGGAGAGUCCAAACUGUGGACUGAAGACUCUGAUACUUGUUGACUGUGGAGUCUCAGAGACUCACUGUGAAGUUUUGGCCUCAGCUCUGAAGUCCAACCCUCAUCUGACACAUCUGGACCUGAGCUGGAACAAACUGUCUGAUUCAUCAGUGAAGCGUCUGUCUGCUGGACUGGAGAGUCCAAACUGUAGACUGGAGACUCUGAUAUUGUUUGGCUGCAGUUUGUCAAAGAUCAGCUGUGAUUAUCUGGCCUCAGCUCUGAAGGCCAACCCCUCCCAUCUGAGAGAGCUGAAUCUGAGCUACAACAGCCUGCAGGAUUCAGACAUGAACUGA